AUGUCUUUAAACUACAUCAAAAACUUCUAUGAAGGAUGUCUCAGGCCUCCUACGGUGAUAGGCCAGUUCCACACCUUGUUCUUCGGCUCGGUGCGGAUGUUCUUCUUGGGCGUUCUUGGCUUCGCCGUCUACGGGAAUGAAGCGCUCCACUUCAGCUGCGACCCCGAUCGCCGAGAGCUCAACCUGUACUGCUACAACCAGUUCAGACCCAUAACACCACAGGUCUUCUGGGCAUUACAGCUGGUAACAGUGCUGGUUCCUGGGGCGGUGUUUCACCUCUAUGCUGCCUGUAAGAACAUUGACCAGGAGGAAAUCCUCCAGCGACCCAUCUACACCGUCUUCUACAUCAUCUCUGUUCUGCUACGCAUCAUCCUGGAAGUCAUCGCUUUCUGGCUACAAAGCCACCUAUUCGGCUUCCAGGUCCACCCGCUGUACAUGUGUGACGCCAGUGCUUUGGAAAAGACCUUUAAUGUGACUAAGUGCAUGGUGCCCGAACACUUUGAAAAAACCAUCUUCCUCAGUGCCAUGUACACCUUCACUGUCAUCACUAUACUCCUCUGCAUUGCCGAGAUAUUUGAGAUACUCUGCCGAAGGCUCGGUUAUCUCACCAACCAAUGA